CCCCCCGCCGUCGGGCCGAGUCUCCCCCGCCUGCCUGCUCGCCUCCCGGCCGCCCCGCCUGCCGCGCGAUGGCCGGGAAAGCGGCGGCCGCCGGCGGCACCGGGAUCCUGCUCGUCACGGCCAACGUGGGCUCGCUCUUCGACGACCCAGAGAACUUACAGAAGAAUUGGCUUCGCGAAUUUUACCAGAUCGUACACACGCACAAGCCGCACUUCACGGCCCUCCACUGCCAGGAGUUUGGCGGGAAGAACUACGAGGCGUCCAUGUCCCAUGUCGACAAGUUUGUCAAAGAACUCCUCUCCAGUGACGCCAUGAAGGAGUAUAACCGGGCCCGCGUGUACCUGGAUGAGAACUACAAGUCUCAAGAGCACUUCACGGCGCUAGGAAGCUUCUAUUUCCUGCACGAAUCUCUGAAGAAUAUCCACCAGUUUGACUUUAAAGCAAAGAAAUAUAAAAAGGUUACUGGCAAAGAAAUCUACUCCGACACCCUGGAGAGUACGCCGAUGCUGGAGAAAGAAAAGUUCCCCCAGGAGUAUUUCCCAGAGUGCAAAUGGUCCAGGAAAGGCUUCCUGCGGACGAGGUGGUGCAUCUCUGACUGUGCCUUUGAUUUGGUGAACGUCCACCUCUUCCACGACGCUUCCAAUUUAAUUGCCUGGGAGACGAGCCCGUCUGUUUACUCUGGAACCCGCCACAAGGCCCUGGCUUACGUGCUCGACCGAAUCAUCGACCAGAGGUUUGAGAAGGCGUCAUACUUCGUCUUCGGAGACUUCAACUUUCGGCUAGACUCCCGCUCAGUGGUGGAGACACUUUGUACCAAGGCCACGAUGCAGACCGUCCGGGCAGCUGACACAAACGAGGUUGUGAAGCUGAUAUUCCGUGAAUCCGACAAUGACCGGAAGGUCAUGCUGCAGUUAGAGAAGAAGCUGUUUGACUAUUUCAAUCAAGAAGUGUUCCGAGACAACAACGGGACAGCGCUUUUGGAAUUCGACAAAGAGUUGUCCGUCUUUAAAGACAAGUUGUAUGAACUGGACAUCUCGUUCCCUCCCAGUUAUCCAUACAGUGAAGACUCGAGCCAAGGGAAGCAAUACAUGAACACCAAGAUGUCCGGCGUGGUGUGACCGCAUCCUCAUGUCCCAUCUGGCCCAAGGA